UUAUGCAAUGACACCUUUUACCACAUAUGUACUUAACAUCAAAUCGCCUCUGAAUGAAACGAGACCCAGAAAAUUGCUUUACCCGGCGGAAUACUUAGUGAAUCAAGAAAAGUACUAUUACGUACUUCUGCUAAGUGAGUACGUUGGUUUUGCCUUGUGUCUUUUAAUUGGAACAAUCGCCGAUACCACUUACUUUUUGCUGCUGGAGCAUAUUUGUGGGAUGCACGCUACACUAUGUCGUCGCUUGGAGAAUUUAAAGACACAUUAUAAAUCUGGAUGGGUCGACAAUAAUGAAUCGUGCGCAAGUGAUGGAAUUGGUCGUCGUGUGCGAUGUUGUAUUCAACUGGAUAAGAGAAUAAGAGGAUAUGUAGAGAUAAUGAAAUCAACAUUUUCAGCAGUUCUUUUGAUCGACAUUAUAUUAGGAACUACAAUUUAUACUUGUGCAUGUAUAAUGAUUGUAAUUCGAGCUGGACGGUUGUUUGAAAUUAUACGACUCAUUGGAAUUGCGAUAUUGCAGACUUUCCGAUUCUUUAUGAUCAGUUGGAGCGGACAAAAAGUGACUGAUCAUAGUUUUGACAUUUCGAUAGCCGCUUACAUUGCAAUGUGGUACCUGAUGCCUGUAGAAGUACAAAAGAUGCUAAUGCUGCUAAUUGCGAGAAGUCAGAGGCCUUCCCGAAUGAUACUAGCGGGAAUUUAUGUAAUCAAUUUGGAAAGCUUUAGUUCGGUAAUGAAGGCAUCAGUAUCAUAUUGCACUGUAAUGAUUUCAUUGCGUGCGUCUAUGGAAAAUACAUAA